AUGCUAAAUUUAGCUAAACAAUGGGGAUGGACUGGCAAUGACACUGAAACUCAUCUGGGAAAACUUCUGAAGCAGAUUAUCGAUGAGAGUGACCCUAAAUUACCAUUUGGAUACAUCAAAUUGGAUGAGGUAGCAAGCCGUGCAAAAAUAAACUCUCCUCCCCUCAGGACCAUGAUGAGCGCCCUGAACAAGGAGGGAUAUGCUGUUAGCAGGUCACACAUUGCCUCCAACGCAAUUAAGACAAACUGCCCAAUGGCAGUCUGCAUUAGGAUUGCAAAGGAACUUCAGCAAUGUUGAGCGAU